UUGGGCUCCUAUCCGGUCCCGCUCAGCCAUUAGAUUAGACGUGAACGUGAUAACUCUUGAAAUCAGAUUUGCUUCAAAGAGAGCGCUUCUCACUCCAACAUUGGUCUUACUCUUUUUCCUAGAGAUCUGCUUUUCAUGUUCGAUAUAUUACUUCCUUCCAUUUCUAUGUUAUUUGGCGUCAAGCCAUCCGCAGCGACCGAUGGACUUCACUUUUCGAUCUUUCCAUUUGAGGAAUAACCCGUUCCAACUCCUCUUCACUGAUCCAAAUGCAAGAUUUAUUUGUACCUUUCUAUCCUCCUUGUUUCUUUCAAUCUCCAUAUCCUGCAAGUUUAUGAGUUGCUUUUUACACCUCUUCUGCUGAUGAAUGAUGAUUCACUAAAACGGAAACAUUUGGGCCUGGGGAAAGCUGCUCCCGCCUCCCACACCAUCUGUUCGUAAUAAUUACCCACCUUCAAAACUCUUUAAGCAACCAUUUAAUUUAUGGAAUAUGUUCAGUUACAUCGCCCCAGUAGCCCCUCACCCCCCGCGCGCCAUGGCUGAAACAAAGCUGAGCAUUAAGUUGCUUGUAGACAAGAGUGCCAACAAAGUCCUCUUUGCUGAAGUAGGGAAGGACUUCGUAGAUUUCCUCUUCAACCUCUUGGCCACGCCCCUCGGAACCAUUGUCAAGCUUCUCACGAAGAAAAACAUGGUGGGCUCUGUGGGAAACUUGUAUGAGAGCGUAAAAAACCUUAGCCAAAGUUACAUUCAACCGGACCAGAAAAAGGAGUACCUCUUGAAUCCCAGAGCACUAACAUGUGUGGCCCAGGUUCCUCUGCUGUUGCCAAACGAUGUCCCAGACGACACCAAAGAUUACUAUAUGUGCGGCAAUAGUUAUCAGCAUUAUUACGUAACGAACACUCCUGGUGUUUCUUGUCCUAGUUGUGGGUGCCAAAUGUCAAGAAAAAUGCAGUACGUUGAAUCCCAAAGGAUGACCGAAGAUAACACAACUGGAGAGAAAGGAGGAUAUGUGAAAGGAGUGGUGACUUAUAUGGUGAUGGACGAUUUGGCAGUCAUGCCCAUGUCCACCAUCUCAACUAUUACUCUUCUCAACAAGUUCAAUGUCAAGGAAGUUGGUAACCUUGAGGAACGAGUUGUUGAUGUGGGCUUCAAUGAGGGUGUGGCACUUGUGAAAGCUUCCCUACAGUCAACUACUGUUCUCACUGACAUUUUUCUUGGAAAGAUGCAGCUGUGAAGUUGUUGAAUGGUGAUUUCUUUUUGGCCCAUGACCCCUGAACGGUUGAUCGCCUUUUGUUUUGAUGUUUUGAAAUAUUAGUUAGUAGUAUGUGUUUGCAUCUUAAUGGGGCUUUCAAAAUGUAUGGUUUUAUGCUGUUAUGCAUUUCUGUCUUUAUUUUGGAUAUAAAGAGCUGUGUUUUUUUUUCUGGCUUAAUU